AUGUCGAGCACAGCUGCUGGUGCCCCGAAAACUGAUGGGGCGACAUUUCCUACUGGCGAUGAUGUUGGAGCAUUGGUUGUUGAUCUCGGAAGUUUGUACGUUCAAGCAGGCAACGCAGGUAAACCGUGUGGGGCAUCUUACAGCACUCACACACCUGCUUCAGGUGAAGAAUGGCCGAAGCAUUUUUCAGAGUCUUUUGUUGGUGUGCAGCUCGAAAAUAUGGGAGCUUCUUCCAGAGGUUUCGCCUUCAUUACGAAACUCUUGAAUGUCUCCUUUAUUCAGAUUAGAGAAUACAAACAUCCAAGACACAAGUAUCCAUUGUAUUUUAGUUCUUUAAUUAAUGACACUGAGGUGAGGAUGAUGAUGAUGAUGAUGAUGUUGGGGAGAAUUGGUGGUCUGUUUAUUGAUGUGGGGUCAGCAACAACGACAGUAACUCCCGUUAUUGAUGGAUACACCAUGCUCAAACAUGUCAAAGAGAUUCCAGUUGGCGGUGAUCUUUUAGACUAUCAGUUGCAAUACUUAUUAAAAGUCACUAAAAUGUGA